AUGGGCCCCAGGGGAGAGUUUGGCUACAGGGGGCCCCCCAGAGCGAAGUCUAAGAAAGAUCGGGUCCUUGCUGCUGCAGCAGCAGCAGCAGCAGCAACGACAGCAGCAGCAGCAGCAGCAGACUCUGCCGAUGCUGCAGCAAAGAAGAAAGCUAGUAGGGCAAAUGGGGUUGAGAGCAGCAGCACUACAGGGGGCCUGCCUCAAAAGAAAAGGAAAGUUCAGCAGCAGCAGCAGCAGCAAGAAGAAGAAGAAGAAGAAGAGCAGCAGCAGCAAGAGCAGCAGGAACAGCAACGCGAGCAGCAGCAACCCCAAGCAGCAGACGAAGAACAGAGCGAAGCAGGCUCCAUAGAGCCGAACAGCAGCGCGCAGCAGCAACAGCAGCAGCGGCAGAAGCAACAACAGCAGCAGCAGCAACUGAGGCUACCCGAUUGGACAGAUCGGUAUAUCCUUGUCCCUGAUGCAUCCGACUCCAACCCUGAAGCAUCUGCUGCACUGCUGCAGCAACUUCAUCCUGCUGCUGCUGCUGCCUUCCGCAGACUCAUAGGAAACACCUUCUUCCCCAUUCAGUUGGCGGUGAUACCGCAUUUGCUGCGUCUUCUUGAGCUCCCCUUCGGCUCCCCCCAGGCCAGCGACGUCUGCGUGCACGCAGCCACAGGGGAGGGAAAGACCCUUUGCUAUGCGCUGCCGCUCAUCAGCCACCUCUUCAAUUCAGUGGUGCCUCGUUUGCGGUGCGUGGUGUUAACGCCGACGCGAGAGCUGGCGCUGCAAGUGGCGUCUGUCUUUAACUGCCUGGCAGGGGAUCGGGAUCGGGAUCGGGAUCGUGUGGGGAAUCGUGUGGGGUGUCGAGAUGGGGAUCGGGAUCGGGGAGCAGACGAUCCCAGGGCUUUGCGGGUCGUUUGUCUGGCGGGAGAGACGGCUUCUGCCAAGCGGCUCAAGCCAGCAGCAGCCCCCGCUGCUGCAGCAGCAGCAACUGCAGCAACAGCAGCAGCAGCAGAGGCAGCAGCAGACGUUAUUGUCUGUACACCCGGAAGAUUUGUUGACGCAGCGCAGGUGUACAUACACCACAGAAAGAGGGGCAUCAAGGGACGGGGGCCUUCGUUUGAAGCCCUUCAGUGGCUGGUACUAGAUGAAGCGGAUCGACUCCUCAGACAGUCAUAUCAUGGUUGGCUGGAUGUCUCGCGCCUGCUCGCUGCUCUGAGGGAAUCACCUCAAAGGGGGGGCCCCCAGGGGGGCCCCCAGUUUGAAUUGAAUUGCCUGCUGCAGCUGCCGCCAGUUCGGAAGAUCCUUGUGUCUGCAACAAUGACUCGAAACCCAAAGGCGCUGCACGACCUGCAGCUGUACAAACCCCUCUUCUUCUUCUCCUCACCGACGGGCUCUGCUAUUACCCCUUCGCGGCUGCAGCAGAAGUAUGUGCUAUGCCGAGCAGAGAGGAAACCCCUCGUGCUCAUCGCGCUGCUCUAUCAACUCGCCAACGCAGCAGCAGCAGCAGCAGCAGCAACAGCAGCAGCAGGAGCAGCAGAAGGGGUUUCUACCAAGUGUGGGGCCCUUCGCGUUGCUGUCUUCUGUGGCUCGCGGGGCGCAGCACAUCGGCUGUCGCGGCUGCUGCAGCUGCACUUCUUGUCCAGUGAAAGGUUAGCCCUCAAACCCUAA